GUUUAGAAGUGAGGAAUUUGGUUUGUAAAUUGGUCAAUUGGUAAAUUAGGCAAUUUAUCAGUGAAUAUAAGCAAGGUGGCACUUGGUGAGCAGCCUUGUGAGGGAAGUGUGAGUCUUUGGCUUGAGAGUCUUCGGCGAAAAGGCUGAGGGGAGGAGACUACGCAAUACGCUGGAGAGGGAGAGACGAAAGGAGGAGAUGUCAGGCAAGCUAAUAAAGUGCGAAGCUUGCCGUAUGUUGGAGGACAAGGACACGGCUGGUGCCUCUGGCUGCAACAAGUGUGAGCAGUGCAUCAAGGUACAGCUGAACGAAGAUGUGGAACUGGAGAAGCAAAUAGAUGUCCUCAGCGUCCAAGACGAAGCUGGGAUCGAUUUCCAAAUGGCAGCAAAGCCUUCUGAUCAUGGGAGGAGGACGGGAGGAGACGUGAAUCGGGCUGGGCCUGUGAAGGGGGCAGUGCCCCGUGUGGGUCAGGCAGCCAGCCCUACCUCCUCAGGCUCCAAGACCCGGGGAGUGGGAGCCCGGUCUGGGCCUGGCAGCCCCCACACACCAUCCAGCGUGGGAGCUCCUACAAACCCUUGUUCCACAGCCCCGGCAGCUCGGAGAGCCACCAGCUCGAGCAGCAGAGAGCCAAUGAGCUCCACCAAGAGUGCUCCGUCCCCCGGUGGGAAGGCCAGCCCAGCUCCCAGGGCAGUGGGCAAGGCCACUACCGCAGCUAAGCAGCCCAGCCGGAUCAGCGAGCAGAAGGCAGCAGAAAUUGAGAGGGAGACCUGCGGGCAGCGGGAGAACCCCGAGUGGUUCAAGUGGCGCAGUAACCGUAUCACGGCCUCCGUCGCCCACAAGGUCUCCCACAGCAAGUUCGUGAACGGAAAGAGCAACGAGGUGCCGCGGUCUUACCUCAAGUCCAUCGUGGGCCAGGGGUCCAACGUGCUGACCCCGGCCAUGAGAUGGGGCAUCGACAACGAGCCCGUCGCCCUCCAGCAGUACGAGAAGCUCAAGUCCAAGGAGAUGAAGCGAGAGGUUGAGGUCCGUCCUUGCGGCCUCUUCAUCGACCCGGCCAAGAACUGGCUGGCGGCGAGUCCCGAUGGGGUGGUGCAGGACAAGCUGACCAAGACCACGGUGGGCCUGGUGGAGGUGAAGUGCCCGUACAAACACCGGAACCACACCGUCACAGAGGCCUGCGAAGACCGAUACUUCUGCUUGGAGAACAAGGACCAUUUUCAGCUGAAGAAGAACCACACUUAUUUCACCCAAAUUCAGUGUCAGAUGGCUGUGGCGGACAUCCACAAAGCGGAUCUGGUGGUCUACACUAACCGUGAUAUUGCCAUUGUCCCCGUGGAGUUCGACCCCGACUUCUGGCAGGAAACAGUGGAGAAGCUGGAAGACUUCUAUACCAGAGCCGUCUUGCCAGAAAUACAGCAGCAAAACCCAGCCUUUGCACGGGAAGAAUAAUUCCGGAGAAACCUGCUGGGGUCCACACUUAAUAGAAACAUAGAAAAUUGAUGCAGGAGUAGGCCAUUCGGCCCUUCGAGCCAGCACUGCCAUUCAAUAUGAUCAUGGCUGAUCAUCCAAAACCAGAAUCCCAUUCCUGCUUUCUCCCCAUAUCCCUUGAUUCCGUUAGCCCUUAGAGCUAUAUGUAACUUUCUCUUGAAUAGAUGUCCUAUGACUACAUCUCCCAUACUCCUGCCAUUGGGACUUUAGGAACGAUGCUUUGAGAUUCCUCUGGAUGUAAAGUGGCUUUUGUGACAAAUUGCCGAGAGCUUUAUGAACCAUAAACGUUCACUCUGUUUCUCUCUCCACACAUGCCGCCUGACCUGUUGAGUGUUUUCAAACUUCCUCAGGUUUAUUUUACUGUAAAAUAUUCCCAAUGGUGCGCAAGGAAUUUCAAUUCUCUGGAUGACAGUAACAUUUCUUUUGCUGUGGGAGCUGGUAUAUUGAGCAGAAAUUGCCGCAGCUUCAGGCUUGUGUCAAACGCAAGGGCAAGCGUGGGAAAGCAGCCGGCGUUCAUAAGUUAUAGGAGUAGAAUUAGGCCAUUAGGCCCAUCAAGUCUACUCCAUCACUCAAUCAUUGCUGAUCUAUCUUUCCCUCUCAGCCCCAUUCUCCCCAUAACCCUGACACCCUCACCAAUCAUGAAUCUGUCAAUCUGCACCUUAAAAAUAUCCAAUGACUUGGCCUCCACAGCCGACUGUGGCAAUGAAUUCCACUGAUUCACCAUCCUCUGACUAAAGAAAUUCCUCCUCAUUUUUCUAAAAGUACAUAUUUUUUUAUUUUGAGGUUAUGGCCUCUGAUCCUAGACUCUCCCACUAGUGGAAAUAUCCUCCCCAUAUCCACUCUAUCCAGGCCUUUCACUAUUCCGUGACGUGUCACGGUGAGAUUUUGGCUACUCCAGCCUUGCCUCAGAAGUGGAUGAUACGUGGGGUGAAACCAUCUCCAUUUAAAGAGGUCAGGUUUCAAAGGUGAAAGGUACAUUACGUCUCUACCUCCUGAUCACGGAGGUAUUGGGAAUGCUGUGUCUUCAAGGUCUGAACGUUGACAAAUAUCAAUUUAAUGUGGGCUGCCUCGUGUAUAUAUAUGUACCUGGGAAACAGGGGCUGCCUGUUCAUCAUUUUUUCACAGAGACUCAUUUUUUACACAGAGUGGUGAAUCUGUGGAAUUCUCUGCCACAGAAGGUAGUUGAGACCAGUUCAUUGGCUAUAUUUAAGAGGGAGUUAGAUGUGGCCCUUGUGGCUAAAGGGAUCAGGGGGUAUGGAGGGAAGGCAGGGAUGGGAUACUGAGUUGGAUGAUCAGCCAUGAUCAUAUUGAAUGGUGGUGCAGGCUUGAAGGGUCGAAUGGCCUACUCCUGCACCUAUUUUCUAUGUUUCUAUGUCUCUUACACUGCACUAAUAACCAGAGGGAACUUCAUUUGAAACUUCAUCUGGCCAUCCUGUUGGGCCAAACAGGGAAAGCUUUGGAAUGAGUCUGGUUGGCACUUUGUCAUUAAACAAUUGUUAACUGGAGGGCGAAAACAUUGUAACUGCCUUGCUCCAAUUUUUGGUUUGUGAUUUAUGAUGUUGCCUUGAAUAAAUCCCUGCUUAGCCUGCG